CUCCAGCGCGCUGGCUGCGGCGCACGCGCAGUACUGCGCUCCAUCUUUCUAUCCCAACAAGCCCGGGGAAGGAGCAGCAGCGGCGGCCCCGCUUGUUGACGGAGUGUCGUUUUAUUUUUAUGCUCUAAAGGGACCAGAGCUCGUUCUGACGGGCCGAGAGCCACCGCGUCACCGUCCUCGGCUUCCGAGGACCUGCGGAGGGACGGAGGAGCUGUAGAGCUGUGGCUCCGGGUCGGUAUUGUGUCGAGGAGGAGGGUCGGGGGGAAGAGCCGCGCUCGGUCCGUCCGCUGGUCGCCCCUCGGCCCCGGAGCCCUGGAGCCUGCGGUGUCUGGCUCCUCCUGGGUUCCCGCUUCGGAUACAUUUUUCAAUUUGGGGGAAAGCAAGAAAGAGAAAGUUGCAGCCUUCUCUGCUGCUGGGCGCCGAGGGGCCGCGGUCGCGGUGGCUUCGUCGUGUCUCUCACUCUCAGCCUGCCAGGUAGGAGGUCAUGAGAAGAGAGUGACACAGACUGCUGUACACAGCCCAGCCUUGAGCUGAAAGGUCAAAGGCAAUGAGAACCUCCGCAGAUGUGGAACGGGGAAUCAUUGCCUCGUGCUUGGAACUUCAGAGAUGAAUGUUCACCAAGACCAUCAGCAGAGGCUCUGUCGCUUCGGACGUAGCCCUCCACUUUGACAGAAGCAGUCAGGACCAUUUCCCCGAGCUCAGAGAUAUGAAUCAUGCAUUUUCGGGUAGGGGACCACAGCUGAUCUCAUCUAUGUAGGGCCUGUCAGUUGCCCACCUCCCCAAGUCCCUUCAACCCUGUCUGCUUCUACUGAGAAGACAAUGAUAGGAAGGCCUUUUGGCCCUUAGAGGCGGACCAUGAUGAAGGAGCGUGGAGGCCCGGUUCCGCAGUGAGCCUGCUUGCAUCAUCCCCUGCCCCUUUUCCCCGGCCCAGCUCCUUUUCCCUCAUACCUGGACUCAUCCCGUGCAACCCAGCAUACGGGUCUGAGUGCAACGCUGGGUCGGUGCACACAGCCUCUGUUCCCAAGACCAGGAUGACAUGUUCUGUGGACACUGCCGGACGAGGGGUUGUGUGCGGAAAGUGAACCAUGAAUGGAGCACAAGAGUGCGAGGGCAGGGACAAGGAGGGCCAACCUCCUGCUGCCCAGGUGCCCAUUGGCUGGCGCCGGGAGGUGGGUCCCAGCAGAGUCGUCUACAUAAGCCCCAGUGGCUCAGUCCUCUCCUGUCUGGAGCAGGUAAAGACCUACCUGUUGACUGAUGGCACCUGCAAAUGUGGUCUGGAAUGUCCCCUCAUCCUGCACAAGGUGUUCAACUUUGACCCUGGAGCUGUCGUCAAGCACAGAACGGCAGAGGAUGCCAGAGCCGACGAGGACGUCACCAAGCUGUGCAUCCACAAGAGGAAGAUCAUUGCUGUGGCCACCCUGCACAGAAGCAUGGAAGUGCCACGGCCAUCGCUUGUUCUGACUAGCCCUGGGGGUGGCACAAGUGUGGCACCAGCAGUCACUGUGCGCUCUGUAACUCCACGAGGAGCAAUAAGGAAUAAGCUGCCAGACGGACCGAACUCGAUUCCUCCAGAAUGCAGGAACCCCUUCAAGGCCAUGAUGGUAGGACAGCGGCCCUACCAGUUGGACCAGAACUUGGCCCAGCAGACGGAGCUCCACUUGAGCCACCCCAGGCAGCGGCUGGGCAGUGGUGAGCAUGGCCAGAGGUCACCAUAUCGCGUGGGGCAUAGCGGCCUGCUGAGUCCCACCUCAUCCGGCUCACUGACAUAUGGGGAUGGCUCUCCCUCACCCAGGAACGAUACCUUGGGAAGCCCUGAGGUCUUUACCAGAGCUCACGCUGGCGGUUUCCAUGGGGCCGGCAGCCCUGGCUCUGCCCACGGCAACCACAGGACACCGCUGUCUCCGCAUGGCAUUCUACUUCAUGGCUCCCCCGUCUCCCAGCUAUCCUGCGCCAUGGCAGGAAGGACUAAUGUGCCCCUCUCCCCCACACACACCGCAAAGAGCCCUGUCAUGAAAAAGCCCAUGUGCAGCUUUGGCAUGGACGCUAUCCGAGUCGGAUUCCACCCCCCACCCCCGCCGCCGCUGCCCCCAUCCUGCGCCCUCAAGACAAAGCAGGUGACCUCAGAGAAAGACCCCCUGGGCAUCCUGGAUCCCAUCCCCAGCAAGCCACUCAGCCAGAGCCCCAUGGUGAUGAAUCCUCCUAGUUUCCAACCCAGCGUCCAUCCUCAGGUACCAGUGAUGAAUGUAAACAUCCCCCCCGCCGUUGUUCCUCUGCCAAGCAACCUCCCCUUGCCGACGGUGAAGCCGGGACCCAUCAGCCACGGAGGGCAUUCGCAGAGGCUUCAGCACUCGACAGCAACAUCAUCCGUUCCUCUUUCUCCAGUCACCUCGCCGGUGCAUGUGGCAGCCCCCACUGUGAGCAGAAUGGAAGCCUCACCUCAGAGGUCCCGCUCAUCCUCCACAUCCUCCGACCAUGGGAGUUUUGCCAUGCCUUUGGGGCCUCAGGCAUCCUGUGGCAACAUGAAGCCCCUUCCCAGGUCUCCCAGGUCCUCAGUGGCAUCUCCACGGCCCUCCAUGCCUUCCAGCCCUUCCGCCAAACCCGAUGGCCUCCACCCUUACAAAGAGCUGCUUGGCACUGUGCCCCAGCAUGGCACAGGGACUGGGAAUGUGCCCCCCAAGGCCCACCCUGGUCUGCUGGGCAUGCCGCUCAAUCAGAUCUUCAGUCAGCAUAACUCUGCCUCCUUUCCUGCCAGCAUUCUCCUGUCAGCAGCAGCCAAAGCACAGUUGGCCAAUCAGAGUAAGCUUACGGGUGGCACUAAUGGCAACAGUGCCCAUCCGGGGAGCAUGGAUGGUCACAGCACCUUGCCUCCAGUGUUCACGCUGGGCCCUGCGCUGCCCGCCAUGACAGAGGGUCAGAGCGGACGGGCUGCCCUUCGGGACAAGCUCAUGGCUCAGCAGCGGGAGCUCCUGCGGAAGCGCCAGCAGGCUGGGGGUGACCCUGGAAGCACGGCCUUUACCAUGGCACCCCCAGAGCACCCCAGAGCAACGCCACGGCCGACAGGUUUCCACCCUGCCACCUCCAUGGCUCAGCUGCUUCAGUCUAUCAGCUCCCAGAGCUCCCAGUUAGCAGGGAAUGGUGGGCCAAGAGCUUCUGACCCAGUGCACUUCAGCGAACGAGCCGCCUCCCACAGACACAGCCUACAGGGCCUGCAAGUGCCACAGAGACUCCAAAGCACGGGCAAUGGUCAGCACUGUCUGCCCAGCACGGACACCUUCCAGGGGCCCUUCCUAGGGGUCAGCGGCCACAUGCAGGUCUCCUCGGUGGCUGGCUGCAGGCCACAGGGACCAGAUGGCCUCCUGGGAACCCCAGCACCAGACAACCCUGGCCCCCACAUUCAGCAGAUCUCUACCAGUUAUCAUCACCAGAUACAGAGCCACCUUCACUCCAGGGGAGGAGCCACACCGGCACCCGUAGCCAACGGGGACGUCUACGCCCAGACGGGCUCUGAGCAAGGCGACACCUCCUCGCUGACCUGCAGCCUGACUGACCCACAGCUGAGACACCUCCAGACAAUGGUCCACAACGGCCACGUACUCCCGCAGCCCAGCCAGGGGCCGUCGGGGGGCCACAGGCACCCUGGAUUGCAGAGCACGCAACACUUCCUGGUCAGCUCCUCCACUAAACCAGUGGGUGGCGUCUUCCAGAACUUCCAGGUGAGUAUGGCAGACAGCACUUCAGUCCACAACAAGCAGCUGAGCACUCAACUCCGUGUGACAUCGCGUCCCGAGUCCAUGGGGGUGGUGAUGUACCCCCCGUUUCCAGAGGACCCAUGCAAGUUGCAGUCAGGAGCAGCACCGGUGGAGAACAAGCCGGGGGAGAAUGUGUACACUAUCUAUAGGACAGCAAAGAGCAGCGCGCAGGCAAGCCUGGUCCCGACACUUAGCACCAUGAGCGCCUUUGCUGCUUCCACGGGCAAACCAGUCAACCUCCCACAUACCGUCAUCCACAGCCACCGGGGGCCGCUCCAGGAUGGGGAGCCUCUGUCACAGUCCACCCCCCACCCUCCCACCCUGAGCAACCACCUUUACCAGAACUCAGAGCAGGGCAGUAGUACGCCAGAGGGGGCAGAGCCCCGAGACUGCUUCCUCUCCCCCGGUCGCAGGACCCCCAACGGUCCGCCCCCAUGGCGCAGUGAAGAGUACCUAGAGUGCUCAGCCCAUGUACGGGCCAGCCCCCACUCUGAGCCCGCCCACGAGAGCCUUUGCUUCAACAGCUGCCAGCACACAGUGCUCAGCUCCAAGGAACGGCCACAGCAGACACCGGAGCGCUGUACCCAUGUGAAUGGAGCCCCCCCACCCCUGUUCCCCCCACAGGGCCCCCCCAGGCAGGAGCUGCCUGCAGAUGACCAGUCCCCCAGCUCCUCCACAAGCCUGGAGGGUCCCCUCGCAAAGGAUUACAGCCACUACAAUGGCUGCGCGCCCAGCCCAUCCGACACCAAGAGCCUGAGCAGCGAGGAGGACCUGCGGCAUCCUGACUCGCCGGCGUCCAGCGAACUGCUCCACUAUCGACCGCGGCUCUUUAACGUGGGCGACUUGGUAUGGGGCCAGAUCAAGGGCUUCCCGCCCUGGCCUGGCAAGCUGGCUGCCACGGGCCAGGGGUUCCAUCCCGGCAUGCAGGUCAUCCAGCAAGGCAAGGUGGAGCCAGAGAAGUUGAAGACACUAACGGAGGACCUGGAGGCACUGAACAGGGCCACCAUGAGGAACAUAAAAGGUGGGAAACUGAAUAAUCAUCUUGAGGCUGCUAUACAGGAGGCCAUGAGUGAGCUGGACAAAAUGUCAGCCAGUAUGCCAAGAGACAGACAGGUGAAACCCCCUAAACCCAAGAGGAGGAAGAUCUCCAGAUAACAUUGAAUGUUUUGGCCACUGGUCCAGUAUCUAGCUGUGGAACUGUGUGGAUACCGUGUCUUAACCGUUGUAGUGUUCUAACACUGACCUGUUGCUCAAACCCAACCCCAGGUGCUACAGUCAAGCAGUGAUACAGUAUUUUUCCAAGCCCCCCCCCUUUUGCCACCACCAAGACACAGACUGGCGGUGAAGAUGCUGGAUUAUCCAAUCAGAGACCUGUAAAAACAAUGAGUGAAAUUUGUCUACAGCUCACUAAAGAACUAUUUUUUUCUAUAAUACUAAGGCAAAGAGGACAAAAAAAUCAUGCAUAUGAUAAAAUACACAGUCCAAAUAUUUCUGAUAUGUUUUCAAUAUAUAUAAACAGUUCAGAAAUUUCAUGGUGAUAUUGGGAAGAAUUGUAAAUAAUGUACUAUACUGUCAUGUACAAGCAUUACCUGAUGCACACUAUCUUUUAUUGUACAAAAGAAAGCAGCAAAACGUACAAUUUUCUUUGGUUUUUUUUAUUCAGUACACAGUCGACAUAUUUACGGUCGUCAACGGGAACAUUAAUGGGGAAAAACGGUAGGCUAAAGCUUUUAUGUGACAGCGUUUCGUCAAAGUAUGAUUGCGUAACCCCUGGAUGAUGCCGUGCGCGUCGCACAAUAACUCUUCACCUAUGUGGCUCUAAACAGAACGAACUUUAUCAAGAGAUGGUGCUCCUGGGCUUCUCCUCGAAGGGAGUGCAGCGCGGGGAGGAGCGGGGCUGCGUUUCCACAUGUUCCGUGCAAGACAAAGGCCAGCAGGCUGCGUGCCGUCGGCUCCGUCCCUCUCACCUGUUGCUCAAGUGAGAUUAAAACCCAUUCAAACCUUUUUUCUUUUUUUUUUUUCCCGUUGCUGCUUCAAUACUUUCAAAAUGAUGUGCAAAAACUGCAGCUCACCUUACUAUCUUCAAAAAAAAAAAAAAAAGCCAUGCCGGGGUGAGAUUCCAAGAAAUGCAUUUUAAGUUAUUGUUUGGUUGUUUGUACAUUAAUAGAAAAUCUCUUAUUUUCCAUAAAUAUUUUUGAUACUACAAAUACCAAGUGGGUCAUUUGCAUAAAUAUAUAUGAGAGUUGGGAGCAUCAAAAAAAAAAAAAUCACAGAGCAGGUUAAGUUAGACAAAUAUGCCUAUUUUCUGACACCAAAUCAAAUGUUAAUCUUGGCCAUGGGACUGGACUGUGUCCUGUGUUAGCAGUGCACAUGAUCACAAAAAGGGCAAACCAUUAAAAUGAGCUACUACGAAACGUGUGCUGGUAUUAUAUGACAUUUACCAAAAUAAAUGUCAUAUUGUAAGCCUAUAGAGAUGCAGGAGGUGUGUGUUUGUGUGUGUAUAUAUGAAAGGAAAAAUAAAUUAUUCUCAAGGUUGUAACUGCCCUGGUGACAGUUUACCCCACCGUUGGAAUUUUCAGUAAAUGAUUUUAAUACGAUGAUAUAUAUAACCUGCAGGUCAACUUUGUUUCUUUUGUCUUUGAAAAUGAAAUGGUUCUAAUUUAUCCAGUAAAAGAAAAUAUGUUUGAUUUUAACUCAAGCUGUCAAUGCUUUCAGUGGUUUUACUUUUUUCCAAUUGGGGCCUUAUUUUUGUUGUUUUUGUUCUUUCUGUUGUUUCUGUGGUAAAUUAUUAAUGUAUGCCAUAUUUAUUUGUAGUUGAAUUAUUAUAGCUGGCAAUAAUACUAAUAUGAGUUGUAAACUCUGACAAGCCUUAGAGUAUAAACAUAUAUAUUUUUCUCUUGUACAGGAGUAAUAGCCUCUUAUUGAGUUAGCAGUUAACAG